GCCCGAUAUCGAAGGAUACCGCGUCGCAAUUCUUUGGCGCCGAGCAGCAACGCCGGUUUACGUUAUUCGUAGUUUCGAAUUUGACCGCUUUUGCACAAACAUGCUCCACCGACCCGCGCCAUAUGUGCCGCAGAUCCGCCCGCUCAGCGACGACGUCGUGCUCCGCCGCUCCCAGAGCCGCCUCAACCAGCAGCGGUAUCGGGCCCAGAAGCGCCAUGCACUGGAAGGUCGCGAACGGGAAGUCGCCGAGCUGCACAACCAAAUCGCGCGGUACCAGGGCCAACUCGACAUUUUGCGCAGCUCGGUUCGGCUCCACGAACCGGAAGUGCAGGUUGCGAACGAGUAUUUUCGCAUUUUCCGGCACAGUUCCCAGAAAAGCAUGCCGUCGUACGGGCAAUAUCAAUGCGACUUUCUUCGGAGCGUCAUGCAGCCUGACAUCCGCUUCAUGGGCCAGAUUGGCAUUCAAAAGCUCUUUGAGCAGUGGACGCUGUACCACUCGCUCUUUCAGUCGUUUGAGAUGGCGUGUCCACGCCUCGAAACCAUCAAGCUCGCAGACGCGGCGAUCGUGCGGGCCCCCGCCGUCAUGCACCUCCGCAUCUCCCGUUAUACCAUCGAGUGCCUCUACCCGCACGUGCUCAGCAACGAGCGCAUUGUCCAAAAGCUCGUCGGCCAAGUGCUCCAUUUGCCGAUAUUGAUCCACUUUCAUUACGACGCGAGCGGUCGUAUCGAAGAGCUCGAGACGACUGCCAACAUGACGGCCAGCCUCGAAGAGCUGCUUCGCGAUGUCAAUGACACGCUCCUUGUACUGGACGGGGCUCGCAUGAAGGGGAACGCCGAGCUCGUGAGCAGCCCCACUUCUUGCCCAUGAGACUUCGACCACCAUGUCGCUAAAGCGAGAAAAUAUAGUGUCCAUUGUCAUUAUAUGAGCACCCA